AUGUUCACUACGCUCAUGGUGUUGGAGCUAGCCCUUGGCACGGGGCUAGCUGCACCUGUGGUCGAGGACUUACACCUUCUGCAGCGACGUGCCGGGAAGCUGAGCACAGAGCUGAUCGCAGAGGUCGUGCCCCAAGGCCUAGUUGCGGCCGACCAGCUUGACGUGAAAGCAGUCGAGGCAGCUCACGAAGAGGCCACACAUGUGACCACACCGUGCCAAAGCAAAGAGAAUUGCUCACAGUGCAUUGUGGCAACAGUCCUCGACGUGUUUGACGUGCUGCAGAGCACCUCAGACCUCUCACCCAUGAACGCGAAAGUGGACAAGGCCUUGACUGCUUUGGUGUCUAUGGUGCUGGUGCCUCAGCCAACUGCGGUGGUCACUGCUGCGCUUGAAGAUGCGCAAGUGCGGGCGAUCAAGAAGCCAUUGUGGCACUACCUGUCCGAGGCGGAGUACGAGAUGGAAAGUUGGUGGGCUCGCAGAUUUCUGGCAGAGCAUGUGACCAUGGAGGGCACAAGCGCUUUCUGGUACAGAGAAAACUACAAAGAACUCACUGCGCUGGAGCUUGCACAUUUGCAGCAAGUUGGGCAUCGGCCGAGUGCAAGCGACCACGUUGUGUUUGUCGGUGGCGGUCCACUGCCUUUUAGCGCCAUCGAGUACAUGCUGCAGAGCGGCGCAAAGAUCACCGUUGUUGAGCAGAACCCUUGGGCUGCACAACUCUCAACAGUAUUGAUCAAGCAGCUGGGAUUGAAGAAUGUAGCGGUAGAGUAUGCCUCAGGUGAGCGGUUUGACUACAAAGGUGCCACGCACUUGAUCGUUGCCGCACUUGUGCGGCAUGACGAUGCAGUCAUUCGCCGGGCGAUGGACACGGCUGACUUGCGCAUGAUUGGAGUGAGGAGCGCCGAUGGCUUGCGGUCUCUCUUGUAUGCGCCGUUGGACAGCUCGAUUGACCAAUUGCAUCUACAGCCCACAGGAGGCAGUGCCGUGAAUGAGCGCGUCAUAAACACGCUUCUGACUUUUGAGCCUGGUCAAUCCAGGGGUUUUGACACAUGA